AUGAGCUCAUUCUUAUUGAUCAAGCAGUUCGAGUUGUUCGAUCUCCAAUUUUCUAAUAACCCGAAGCGUCUUAAUUAUGAGCAGCUCUCAGUUGGCGGCUGGAAGGAAAGUUCGGUCUGGGUGUCUUACCUGCAAAUUGGUCGAGCCACUCCACAGGCUAUGAUGACCAAAGACAGAUCUCCCGCUCCUAGUAUUCUCACUACUCAAACCCCAUCAUCUAAUCUACCUGGCACUCAAGACGAACGGAGGUACUUCGAGUAUUCUCGCCAACGUUCCGUCGUCGAGUUCUCUGGAUAUUUUCGACUCGAACUUCUGGGACCAGUUGAUUUUACAGAGAAGUUCGACGUUCAGCGGGAACUGAUCCGACCGCAUGCUCAGACAACGGUCUGUCGCCAAGACAGCAUCGAGCAGUACAAUCAAGCCCUCGGUCACUUCCGGCAGAACCUUGGAGAUAAUGAGAACCGGAAUGUCCAGUCAACCUUGAUUUGCUGCGUCCUCUUUAUCGCUUUCGGGACAUUCCUGGGUAACUACGACUCAGGGGGGUUGCACUUGGAGAACGGGCUGAAGAUCUUGCAUGAUUGGCAAGUUCAGCAAGACCAGCUUCUGCAAUCAACUCAUUCGUCCGGAACGAGCAUGAUUGAGGACGACCUCCUUCCGGUGUUCUUUCACCUCAACUUACAAGCAACGUCACUGGUCGACCCAGGCCUUUCCGAGCAUCACCGGUUCAUUGGAGAUACCGCAACGAAAUCAAUCCCAAGUGCGUUCUCGAGCCUCAACCAGUCGCGAAUCUGCCUAUACAAUUUGUUCAACGCAACACUCGACUUUAUCCACUCAACAUACGACAUCAAAGAAGAUCCCGCUGUACGCCGGCAAGCGCUGUCUCUCCUCUCUCGCCUGUCCCUACCUCGGCAAGAAGGGACCUGGAAUGCGAAUGAUGCCAGCAAGGUGGGACAGUGGGUGAUCGACGUUGAAGAAGAGGGCCUCGGGGCAGUCGAAAGCGCUGAAGAUGUUCCCAAAUCCUCCCACAUCCAACGGAUUGACGCUAUUGCAUACAUGGAGGAGCGUCUCGUUCAUGUGAGAUGUGUUCUUGAUGACGAGUCCGAAUCUAGUGAACCUGAUGUUGAGGAGAACACUGAGAAUCAGUAA